UGCUAGUUCGCCGUGUUUUGUUUGUGUGCGUGUGUGUGUGAGUGCAGGUGACAGUCGAUCAGAAGGACGGAGAAGUUCCUUCUAGCUUCAUCAUGGAGGCUCAGGCACAUUUUUCCCGGGAGGAGAUCAACAAGACGCUGUGGGAAGUACCGGAGAAGUACACGCGGCUCAGACAGAUCGGAACCGGGGCGUACGGCUCGGUGUGCUCAGCAAUAAACGAGAAGACUAAAGAGAAGGUGGCCAUCAAGAAGCUCCACAGGCCCUUCCAGUCCGAGAUCUUUGCCAAGCGAGCCUACCGAGAGCUCCGACUGCUCAAACACAUGAAGCACGAAAACGUGAUUGGGCUCCUUGAUGUGUUUUCACCUGCCUUGGGCUUCAGUGACUUUCACGAUUUCUACCUGGUGAUGCCUUACAUGUUCACUGACCUGUCAAAGGUGCGAGGACACCUCUCAGAAGACAAAGUCCAGUUUCUCGUGUACCAGAUGCUCUGUGGACUCAGAUACAUCCACAAAGCUGGAAUCAUUCACAGGGACCUAAAACCUGGGAACUUAGCUGUCAAUCAAGACUGCGAACUAAAGAUCCUGGACUUCGGGCUGGCUCGCAGCACUGACGCGGAGAUGACGGGCUACGUGGUGACCCGUUGGUACCGGGCACCUGAGGUCAUUCUAAACUGGAUGCACUACACCCAGACUGUGGACAUCUGGUCUGUUGGCUGCAUCAUGGCAGAAAUGAUCAACGGAAAAACACUGUUCAAAGGGAAAGACUACAUGGACCAGCUGACUCAGAUCAUGAAAGUGACUGGAGUACCUGGGCCAGAGUUCAUCCAGAAGCUAGACAGUCUGGAGGCCAAAACCUAUGUUACGAACCUUCCUCACUACCCCAGAAAAGACUUCACAACAUUGUUCCCCAGAGCAAGUGUGACAGGCAUAGACCUCUUGGAGAAGAUGCUCGUUCUGGAUGGGGACGAGAGGCCCACGGCAGAACUUGCUCUGGAGCACCCAUACUUUGACAGUCUGAGGGAUCAAGAUGACUUUCCUGAGCCGAAGCCGUACGAUGACAGCCACGAUAACGCCACAAUGUCCCUGGAUGAGUGGAAGCGUAAGUGAGAACAACAGGUUAUGUUUCAAAGAGGUGAAAAGCUUUGUGCCAUUCCCACGGCGGGACUCGAAGAGGAAAAACACCCUGACUAUGUCUCCAUAACGCGGUGAAUGUAAUGCCCCAACCAACACAGAAUGCAACCAACAGUGCCCUUGUAUAUUCUAAUUCUCUGACCAUGGAUUUACGUUUUCUUUGAAGGGUCAUAUGAAUGAGUCAUAAUGAAUGUACUCUAAUGUGUUUUAUCUUUUUUUUUUGUAACGUGCAAUGAUUUCUUAUGUUAUAAUGUGACAAAAUGCCACAGGGUUUGCUGUAAGAUUUCCAAAUAAACAAUAAAUUCAAAUGUGUUGACGUUAA